AUGGGUAUCUCUGCUAUCUCUGCUCAGCAUUCUGGAUCUGAAACCUCUGGGGACGAGCUUUCACAAGAUUUCUACUCUCUUUCUUUAUCCUCCUGCACCCCUAAGAUUAAACGACGUGAGCUUGCUCGCAACCGACCUUAUCCACGACCUAAUACACGCCUGGCUCCUACGAACGUCUAUCACUUAAUAUCCCUCCAAACUGAGGAAAAACUUCUUGACUCCCUCGAGUGGGCAUGGGGCAUGGGAUGGCGACGUUUGAACGUCGGCAGUCAAUUUAAUACACUUCCUGUAAGAUUCACGUUUGAAGAAGACGUGAAUGAGGACGAGCUACUUCUCUUUCCUGAGCCUCGCAUCCUGGAGAUGUUGAUAGACCAAUCAGACCAGCCGAAGUUCCGAGAUACGAUCGCGCCUAAACUCAACAAGCUCUUUCGCUGUCAGCCGUCGACUUUCAAGUUUUACCUUGUCCCUAGAAGCGGCCUCCAAGACAAUGUGCUCAUUGACUCAUCUGCUCCUGGGCAGCCGAAAUCUGUACAUACCUAUCCAUAUUCGACUCUCGGCCCCAUCUUGAGCCAUGUUAGGCCUCAGUAUGCCGUCUGGGGCACGUCAAUGAAAAUGAAGGACACCCACUAUCCUGAAUGCGAUUUUGUAGAUAGGGCCCUUCGCCAAACCCUUGCUCUCCACGCCCCUGAACUUUGUGCCCGUAGUUCGUGGCGUCCCGAGGGCAAAAUUAGGCUGCAGGUCUUUGAAGCUUACUCCAACUGGAAAAAGCAACGACCCCCAGCCCAUUUCCGGCAACAUAUACGCUCGACGAGACGCUUUCACCCCACGUAUGGAGUCCCUCCCGCCAUUAGCGACGAGGAUCUCUGUCAUUCCGAGGGAGAGAACGGAUCUUUGCCAGCAUCUGUAAAGGAUGACUGCGCAGCGCGAGUAAAGCGGUGGAUCCUCGAGUCGGAGUUUUGGCUCGGUGGCCUCGAAUGGGCAUGGGGAAUGGGAUGGCGACGUUUGAACGUCGGCAGCCAACUCAAUACUCUUUUCGUCGGCUUUACGUUUGAUGAAGCCGUUGACGAGAGCCAGCUCCUUUUCUUUCCGGAGCAAUCCGUCUUGGAGAUGCUGAAAGACCAGUCAGAUCAACCAAUGGUCCGAGAUGAGGUCGCGCCUAAACUUAACAAGAUCUUUCGCCAUCGCUCGUCGAUGUUCAAAUACCACCUCGUUCCCAGAACGAGUCUACGAGACAAGGUGCUUGUCGACGUAUCCGCUCCCGGUCAACCGCCAGCGGUGCAUACCUACCCUUUCACAACCCUCGGUCCCGUUUUGAGCCAUUGCCGGCCUCAGUACGCCGUCUGGGGGACCAUCACGAAACUGGGGGAUAUUUGCGGUCCUGAAUACGAUGCUAUAAACAGGGCCCACCGCCAAAUUCUUGCUCUCCACGUGCCUGAGCUUAAUAAUCUAGGCUUUUGGCGCCCCGAGAGAGCGAUUCACGCGUCGGCCUUUGACGUGUAUCGUAAAUGGAACAGACAGCAACCCCCGGAGCAGUUUCAUCGACAUAUGCGUGCGACAAAACGUUUCCACCCUACGUAUGGCCUCCCUGCUGCUGUCGACGACGACGAGCCCUGUUACUCGGAAGAAGAACGCGAUUCGUCCAGAUCUGUCAGUGCUACAGAUUACGCCGAUUGCGAGGCACGGGUGACGAAAUUCGGAACCCGUCUUUCCAUCUUGCACCGCCAAAUUUUGGCGCGAUUGGCGUUCGUCCUGGAGACGUCGGCGAGGCCUUUGCCAAGAUACCUCGCGGUUUUCGAGUAACGAUUGGGCGGCCAUUGAACACCAUGUAUAUUUGCCCACUACUAAACAUUAAUCGACUCCAUGCACAUUAGUAUGUUACCCACUGUAUUGAUUCGGCCUCUGGUGUACGUGGCCAAUGUAUAAUCGAUUCUUUUCAUCGU